CAAAAUUAUCAGGUGAGAUACAUUUUUCACAACCCGGUUAUAAACACAAGCGACCAAACAGCGGCUGGUUAGACAACAAACGUUCUCAUCUGUACGAGUGUGACAGUCCAGUGACAAUGUCUGAUGGAGAAGACUCCCCCGUGGUGGUGGGUGGUGGAGGGGUUAGUGAGCGCCAGUGGUAUGCACCAGACACUGCAAUGUCUGGUGCAGAAUCCCCACCAGAUUCCCCUGAUAGUCCAGUAAAUUCAGCAAAUAUUCAUACCAGCAAUGAAUACAUGGAGUUGGAUGAACCAGAAAUGCUGGAUGAGAAAAAAGCAUUGUUGGAGGAGUUUGAGCGGAAGCGUCGAGCUCGAAUGAUUCAUGUUACAACAGAUGAUAGUGAGGUAAAGCAGCAGUUAAGACAACUGGGUGAGCCAAUUUGCUUGUAUGGUGAAGGCCCUGCUGAUAGAAGAAACCGCUUGAAAGAAAUUUUGUCCCGGCUUGGUGAAGAUGCUCUGAAAAAGACAGUUGGUGGGCAACAAGAAGCUGACACACCAGACCAUGAUCAAGAGCGACCAGAGGAGACGUGGUAUCACGAGGGACCACAGCCGUUAAAAGAGGCACGGAAUUUUAUUGUCAAUUAUUCCAUUCCUCGUGCUAGAGCAAGGUUGAAAAGAGAGCAUCUAGAAAACCAAGUCCCAGAAGCAACACGCACUGCCAGAAGGCAGGAAGUUCAGAAUAAAUUAAGAUCAUUUGGUCUUUUAGGUAGUCAAAAUGCUGAUGCUAGACCAAUUUGUUAUUGUAGUUUUAGUCCAAAUGGAAAACUCUUAGCAACCAGUUCAUGGAGUGGUCUUGUCAAGUUAUGGCAAGUAAGUAAUUGUUUGGAGGAACGAACAUUUCGCGGCCACAAUUGUUAUGUAGACUGUGUUGAGUGGCACCCUAGUGCUACAUUAUCUAUGGAGCCAACGGCUUUGAAUUUGGUGUCUAGUGGACGUGAUGGAACUGUGCAGCUAUGGAGCUUAAAUGGAGAGGAGCCUCUUGGGGAACUUCCAACUCUCGAAGCAAGAGUAUCACGAGUUUGCUUUCAUCCAAGUGGAAGGUUCCUUGGUGCAUGUGUACAUGAUAAUAGCAUGAGGUUAUGGGAUUUAGAGAUCCAAGAAGAGGUUCUUUUCCAAGAAGGUCAUUCUAAGCCUGUGUACUGCUUAGCUUUUCAGAAGGAUGGAUCAUUAGCCGCCACAGGUGGCAUGGAUGCUUAUGGGCGUAUUUGGGACCUGAGAACAGGGAGGUGUGUUAUGUUCUUGAGUGCACACCAGAAUCCAGUUUUAGCCAUUGAUUGGUCCCCUGAUGGCUACCAUUUAGUAACAGGCAGUGAGGAUAACACGGCAAGAGUUUGGGACAUGAGGCAACGUCGAUGUAUCUACACUAUCCCAGCUCAUACAGGCAUUAUUACUGGUGUUCGUUAUGAUAGAAUAGGAGGACAGUACAUCGUUACAUGUUCAUAUGAUGGUUCAGUUCGUCUUUGGUGUCAUGGAUCUUUUCAACCAAUGCGUGCUCUGGAAGGACAUGGCCAGAAGGUUAUGGGUGUAGAUGUUUCACCCACAGAAGGUAUCAUUGCAACCUGUUCCUUUGACCGUACAUUCAAAAUUUGGGGUCCAGACUAAAGUGUGUUUGUAAGUUUUAAUAAUAAAUAUUUGUGCUUCACUUU